GCCGACUGCGCGCCGUCCCCCGCCCCCCACCCCUCGCCCUCGCCGUCGCCCAGUGGCCAGCGCCGUCCGCCCGCUCGACAACUGAGACCGCACGCGCCGACGGCACGCUGCCCGCGCGGCGGUGUGGCCUGCUCUAGUCUGCGGAAAAGUGCCACGCCAAGCCGGGAACUCUAUUCCUCGAGGCCGCCACCUCCGCCGGCACCCGUGCCUCCCGCCUCCAUCGAUUUGACUGUCUGGAAGUGUGUUCCUCUACUGUUCAAUUGGCCCUCGCCGCGGCGGUACCGUUGCUACUCCUGUAGCGCGAUGCCGCCGCCGCGGCUCGAGUCCGCGAUCCUCGCCGCCGCCUGCAGGUUCAGCAAGCCUCUCUCCGCUCUCAGGAGGCUUGGCGUUCUUGCCUGGCACUGUCCACCAACCGUUCGACGCAAUGCUGCAGAGGGGUCCGUGCCUUCGCUGGGCUUGCCUUCACCGUUUCACCAGGUUGUCGUUCGGAGUGGAAACCUUGUUGGGUCACCAAGGUUCUGCCACGCCACUGCUGGCAUGUCAGAUCAUCUCACAGACGUCUACGCCAGUGAAGUACUGAAGGUUCUCAAGUCCACCAGUGCCGACAACGCUGAUCUCAGCGAUGCUCUUCGUCGGUUCGCGGUCCACAUGGAUGAGGAUAUUAUCCUCACGGUCCUCCAGAAGCAGCGGUCCAACUGGCAGGUCGCCCUGGCGUUCUUCAACUGGGCGGCGACCCUGCCGGGGUAUGCCCACGGGUCGAGGGCCUACACCGAGAUGCUGGACAUUCUUGGGCGGAUGAAGAAGGUCAGGCACAUGAGGCAGCUGUUUGACGAGAUCCCCGAGGAGCGGCGUGUGGUGGUCGUGACGAAUAAGAUGUUCGCCGUGCUGCUGAACCGGUACGCGGGUGCGCACAAGGUGCAGGAGGCGAUAGAGGUGUUCUACCUGAGGAAGGAUUACGGGUUUGAGCUCGACUUGGUCGGGUUCCAGAUACUCCUGAUGUCGCUGUGCCGGUAUAAGCAUGUCGAGGAGGCGGAGGCCCUGUUCCGUGAGAAGAAAGAUGAGUUCCCGCAUGUCACAAAGAGCUGGAACAUUAUACUAAACGGUUGGUGUGUCAAGGGAAGCCUGAGAGAUGCUCAAAGGAUUUGGAAUGAUAUCAUUGCAUCCAAGGUUGAACGAGACCUGUUCACAUAUGGUACAUUCAUAAACGCACUGGCCAAAAAUGGCAGGAUUAGUGCUGCAGUGAAGCUGUUCAAAAAGAUGUGGGAGACAGGGAUUAAUCCUGAUGUCGCGAUUUGCAAUUGUAUCAUUGACCAGCUGUGCUUCAAGAAUAGGAUUCCAGAAGCACUUGAGAUUUUUGGUGAGAUGAAUGACCGGCUUUGUCAAGCCGAUGUGGCUACCUACAACACUUUGAUAAAAUACUUAUGUAAGAAAAAAAGGAUGGAGAAAGUUUAUGAACUUUUGGAUGACAUGGAAGCAAAGGGCUGCUCUCCAAACAAUAGGACAUACUCCUACGUUCUGAAGACGACUGAGAAACCUAAAGAUGUCAUCGCUUUGAUGCAGAGGAUGGAGCAAACCGGCUGUGAAUUGGAUUCUGAUACAUAUAACUUAAUAUUGAACCUUUAUACCAACUGGAAAUAUGAGAAGGGGGUGCAACAGGUAUGGGAUGAGAUGGAGAGGAAUGGGUCAGGCCCAGAUCAACGGUCAUUUACUAUUAUGGUUCAUGGCCUUCAUUCCCAAGGCAAGCUCGAUGAAGCUCUGCAGUACUACACAACAAUGAAGUCUAGAGGUAUGAUUCCAGAACCUAGGACCAAGAUACUGGUGAAAGCUAUGCAUAUGAAGAAAGAUGGGGCUGCCACUGAAGAUGACUCAACAAGUAUGGCAGGGAAGCAUCUAAAAUUGGAUCGUCGAUCAAGACUAUUCAAUGUUCAUAGAUAGUUUUGCUGUCAGGUCUUAGUUCUAUAACCUGAGCAGAGGAUGCUGGGGACAUAAGUUUUAUGGACUGAAAGAAAGAAAAAAUUCUUGUCUAUGGGUGUCCAUAUCACAAUGGCCGCACCUUGGGCUAAAAAGAAUCAUCAGUAAAGAGUCAUUGACAUUAUAAUUUCUCAGAAAGUCCUGCUCGGACUUACAGUACCAGGGUAUGUUUUUUUUAUUUUAGAUAUCUGAUAUGAACCAAUUGCAAGUACUGUUUUUUACAUGCUGUAUUAUAUGAAGUACAUAUACGGAUAAUAUGUGCAAAUGUUUGUUUGUUCA